AUCAUCCUGGCAGCCAGGACCUUGCUGUCAAAACCCACACUGGCUGUUCUCUCCCGCCAGCCGGCCUGCUUUGUUCACCACGGCGAUGGCAACUGGGGAAGUACCAAUAUUGCAGUGGUUUUCUCCGGAUGUGGCUGGUGGGAUGGGACUGAUGUCCACGAGGGAGUGUCCACCAUGUACCACCUGAGCCGCAACGGGGCUCGCUUCCAGAUGUUUGCUCCAAACCAGCAGCAAAUGCAUGUGAUGGACCACAUGAAGAAGCAGCCGGGCUCUGGGGAGAAUCGGAACAUGAUGAUGGAAUCAGCUCGCUUCAGUCACGGUCAGGGAACGAUGCAAAUGCAAGACCUGUCCAAGCUGGACGUCAACAGCUUCGAUGCAGUCAUCUUUCCUGGAGGCCACGGCGUCGUCAAGAAUCUAUCCUCUUUUGUGAAGGACGGCAACGACUGCAAGCUGCAAACCGAUGUGGAAAGAGUGCUGAAAGACUUCCACCGCUCACGCAAGCCCAUCGGGUUUGUAUCGGUUGCUUUUUAAUCCAUCGGUACUGAAAGAGCAAUACGGUGGACUUAACAGGUUAAAGUAUGAGGGCAGCAGCAUGCAAACACUUCUUUUUAAAACUUAGAAUUUACAUUUUAAAACCAAACAUAAGGGAUUAUUGCAGUCACUGAUUUGUACAACACGUUAAAUUGGAUUACAUUAAACUAGAUAAAGACAGAAGAUUUAAAAGGAUCCCUGUAAUGGAAUUGGGGCAUUGGGGAAG